AUGAAGAUCAUGACAUGGAAUAUCAAUGGGAUACGAACUAUACCCCAAUACCACCCUUGGAAUGGCCUGAAGUCGCACAAGGACAUUCUUGACAAGCUGGAUGCGGACAUCAUAUGCUUUCAGGAAAUGAAGUCGUCGCGUCAGAACCUGCCGAAGGACGUCGCCGUCCCCCCAGGUUACACCUCGUUCUUCUCCUUCCCUACCAAGAAGGCUGGAUACUCUGGCGUCGCUAUCUACGUCAAAGACCAGUAUACCCCUUUCAAGGUCGAAGACCACCUCUGUGGCCUCGCGAACGCCACCGCGUCGGACGCCGAUCGCAUCUCCCCCGCACUCUCCUCAUACCCCAUGCAUCGGUUCGCGGACCUAGACGACGACGAAGACGACCCCAUCGACUUCAAGUCCCUCGACGCGGAGGGCCGGACGCUGGUCGCCGACUUCGGGCUCUUCGUCCUCAUCAACGUGUACUGCCCGAACGACGGCUCGGAGGCGCAGGAGCGCAUGAAAUACAAGAUGGACUUCCACCGGAUGCUGAGCGUGCGCGUGCGCGGGCUGAUCGACGAGGGGCGGGAGGUCAUCGUCGUCGGUGACCUGAACGCGGUGUCGGACGUGGGGGACCACUGCGAGGGCGCGCUGACGGUGCGGAAGAUCAUCGACGAGGCCAGGAAGGAGGGGCAGGAGGUGGGGGAGAAGGAGGCGGAGGAGAUGUUCUAUGACACGAUGCCGGCGAGGAGGUGGUUGAGGGACUCGUUGGUUGAGCAUGGGGGACCGCUGGUGGAUGUGUGCAAGCGGUUCUGGCCGGAGAGGAAGGGGAUGUAUACUUGCUGGAACACUAAGAUAUCCGCUCGUGCAUCCAACUAUGGCGCGCGCAUAGACUUCAUUCUCGUCACGCCGUACCUCCUCCCCUUAAUCAAACACGCCGACAUCCAGCCCGACGUCAAGGGUAGCGACCACUGUCCUGUUAUUGUUGAAUUCCACGACGAGGUGGACGUGAAUGCUAUACCCUCCUCCGUCAAGGCGAACCUCAGUUUACCAACGGGAGCGACGCGGGUAUCCCUUCAGGCUCUCAUGCCGCCACCUGCGUCUGCACCCCGCCUUGCGGCGAAGAAUUGGGACGAAUAUAGCGGGAAGCAGAAGCUGCUCGACGGGUUCUUCAAGGGUGGGACGACGAAAGCAAAGACUGGCAGCAGUCGACCGUCCCUGCGCGCGUCGAAGUCGGCGUCCUUGACUCCUGCGCCUGCGCCGGUCGCUUCUCCGCCAGACCCGGAUAUCACGCGAAGCUCUCCGCUGAUUGCUACGCCUGGGAACGAGGUCACAGAGGUCGUGGAAUCAUCGUCGUCUGCGUCGCCGUCUAUCCAUCCCAACGAAGCGGCUUCGUUCAAUCCAUCUCAGCCUCCCGCGUCCGCGCAAACCGCAUCCGCAUCCUCGUCAUCUUCUGGCCCGAAGAUCUCCACUGCGAAGCGGAAAGCAGGCACAUCGGCAGGUCCGUCGAAGAAGCAAAAGGUCGAGAAGGGCGGCAAAGCAGAGAAGGGCGUCGAGGGGCAGACGAAGCUGUCCGCAUUCUUCGCGAAGCCGAAGGCGUCGGGUGUUGCAGAUGCAAAGGGGAAGGCGUCGACUUGUUCCGACACGAAGGGGAAAUCACCCCCGAACGAUCACGUCGACAACGAGGACCCCGACUAUUUGUACGCCCUCGAGCUGUCGCGGCAGUAUGAUGAGUCGGGCCCGCUUUCGAGGAGCGGCUCGUUCUCGGUGGGGAAGACGGCCUCUCAGUCCUCACAGCGCACCUCACCGGCCUCGCCAGGGAAGUCCGCCUCCUCGCCUGGGAACUCGGCGUCCUCGUGGCAGGACCUCCUCGCUGCGCCGCCACCGCCGCGAUGUUACGUGCACGACGAGCCCGCGCGCGAGUUUACGGUGAAUAAGAAGGGGGAGAAUAAGGGGCGGGCGUUCUAUGUUUGCUCAAGGCCUGUUGGACCUGGCUACGACAAGGGGCGUGCUGAGCGACGACGAGAGGAUGUUGAUCCUCAAUACAAGUGCGACUUCUUCAGGUGGAAGAGUGAUGUGAGGAAGGAGUUCAAUAGUAAGCGGGGGAAGGGAUGA